GCCCUUGCUGGGAUGACCCCGGGGGCGAGUGCCCGGCCAGCGUGCUCCCGAAGCGGGCUGCGGUUCCGCUCGGAUCAGGCUUCAUGGCGGCGCGGCCACUGUCCCGGAUGCUGCGGCGGCUUCUGAGGUCCAGCGCCCGGAGCUGCAGCUCAGGGGCUCCGGUGACACAGCCCUGCCCCGGGGAGUCCGCGCGAGCUGCCUCGGAGGAGCUGUCCAGGCGGAGGCAGUUCCUGCGGGAGCAUGCGGCCCCCUUCUCCGCCUUCCUCACAGACAGCUUCGGCCGGCAGCACAGCUACCUGCGGAUCUCCCUCACAGAGAAGUGCAACCUCAGAUGUCAGUACUGCAUGCCCGAGGAGGGGGUUCCGCUGACCCCCAAAGCCAACCUGCUGACCACAGAGGAGAUCCUGACCCUCGCCCGGCUCUUUGUGAAGGAAGGCGUCGACAAGAUCCGGCUCACAGGUGGAGAGCCACUUAUCCGGCCGGACGUGGUGGACAUUGUGGCCCAGCUCCAGCGGCUGGAAGGGCUGAGAACCAUAGGUGUUACCACCAAUGGCAUCAACCUGGCCCGGCUACUGCCCCAGCUUCAGAAGGCUGGUCUCAGUGCCAUCAACAUCAGCCUGGACACCCUGGUGCCUGCCAAGUUUGAGUUCAUUGUCCGCAGGAAAGGCUUCCACAAAGUCAUGGAGGGCAUCCACAAGGCCAUCGAGCUGGGCUACAACCCUGUGAAGGUGAACUGUGUGGUGAUGCGAGGCCUUAACGAGGAUGAACUCCUGGACUUUGCGGCCUUGACUGAGGGCCUCCCCCUGGAUGUGCGCUUCAUAGAGUAUAUGCCCUUUGAUGGCAACAAGUGGAACUUCAAGAAGAUGGUCAGCUAUAAGGAGAUGCUAGACACUGUCCGGCAGCAGUGGCCAGAGCUGGAGAAGGUGCCAGAGGAGGAAUCCAGCACAGCCAAGGCCUUUAAAAUCCCUGGCUUCCAAGGCCAGAUCAGCUUCAUCACAUCCAUGUCUGAGCAUUUCUGUGGGACCUGCAACCGCCUGCGAAUCACGGCUGAUGGGAACCUCAAGGUCUGCCUCUUUGGAAACUCUGAGGUAUCCCUGCGGGAUCACCUGCGAGCUGGGGCCUCUGAGCAGGAGCUGCUGAGAAUCAUUGGGGCUGCUGUGGGCAGGAAGAAGCGGCAGCAUGCAGGCAUGUUCAGUAUUUCCCAGAUGAAGAACCGGCCCAUGAUCCUCAUCGGUGGGUGACCCAUCAAGUUAUUUUUGAUGUUCCACAAUUCCCCACCAGCCAAUCCAAGCAUUUUCUCCUGGGACCCCCUCCAUUUUCAGGGUCUAAGACCCAGAAUGAGUUUCUCCAGCCAGGUGGCCACUUUAUGGAAAGGAUGCAGGGUCCCCCAGACCCCUCCUCUAGCCCAGCAGCGGCUGGGGUCUGGCUUCUUUCAGAGACACUACACUUCCCGUGCAGACUCAGAUGCCAACUCAAAGUGCCUUAGCCCAGGUUCCUGGGCUUCUGCUGCCCCCUCAGGACCCCAGCUAACCUCAGAACAACUAACUCAUGUGGACUCGGAAGGACGGGCAGCUAUGGUAGAUGUGGGCAGGAAGCCAGACACAGAGCGGGUGGCUGUGGCUUCAGCCGUGGUCCUCCUGGGACCUGUAGCCUUCAAGCUUGUCCAGCAGAACCAGCUCAAGAAAGGAGAUGCCCUAGUGGUGGCCCAGCUGGCUGGAGUCCAGGCAGCCAAGGUGACCAGCCAGCUGAUCCCUCUGUGCCACCACGUGGCCCUGAGCCACAUCCAGGUGCAGCUGGAGCUGGACAGCACACGCCAUGCCGUGAAGAUCCAGGCAUCUUGCCGGGCUCGGGGCCCCACCGGGGUGGAGAUGGAGGCCCUGACCUCUGCUGCAGUGGCCGCCCUCACCCUGUAUGACAUGUGCAAGGCUGUCAGCAGGGACAUCGUGUUGGAGGAGAUCAAGCUCAUUAGCAAGACUGGUGGUCAGCGGGGGGACUUCCAUCGGGCUUAGCACCUGCCCUUCUCACCCAUGGCCCACCCAGGCCUGGAGCUGGGAUGCAAUGUAGGCUGAGGGAAAGACGUCAGGUUCCUUUAAUCACAGUCACUGUUUGUUUACCUUGAGCAGUAAACCCGAAGUCAGCCUGCUCUACUACUAACAAACAGGCCUGCUGCUAGAUGAUCUCUAAUGACCAAUGGGGCUUCCUUUCUAUAGGGAGGAUACCAGCAGGCCCUUAAGCCUUCCAGGACACUAAGGUCAUGGGAGCGGGACUGCAACAAGCAAUGCCAGAUAACUAACUGAGAAAUCAAUCAUGUUCUUUGUGGACUAUUUCAGACAACCAGGUUCCGACAGUCCAGCCCAGAACUUUUCCUUCUCAUUUUGGGUUUUCUCUUCUCCUACUUUCCUGGGGAGAGAUUAAGGGCUCAUUAAGCAGAGGAGCCCACUUUGAGGAGAGCAAAGCACAAGCUUGCCUGAAGAAUGGAUCCCAACUUCUCCCCGGCAGCUCUGCCUCCCAACUUCUCCCCGGCAGCUCUGCCUCCCUAAGUCUGUGAAGCCGCAACCCUGCCCUGUCCUGACUUCUUCAUCUCUCCUUCUGCCCAAGUCUGUGUCCCAUCAGACUUGCAGCCUUUCAGCUUAACAGUUGCCCGGUCCUGCUGGCCCCUUUUCCUCUGGCCCCCCUCUUCUGAAACAGGAUGUGCACACACGGGCCAUAGCCCUAAGGACUCCUGCCGGACCACACAGCCCACACCUGGCCCUGUUCACGGCUGUUCCACCCACCCCUCUUUAUUCUGGAGCAUAUCAGGGAAAGAAGAGUUGAUGAUAGAUUGCCUUCACCCUCACAGCGCACAAAUAAAGCUACGAUGCCAACUUUGCA